AUGCUUGGCACGCGUCAGCAGGCCGCGCUGGCCGUAGGGGUGGCGCGAGCGCGCGUGCCUCGGAUCGCAGCGCGCAGGGCGCCGUCGCGCGGGCGGGCGGCGCUUGCGCCGGCCAGGGCGGCGAGGAACAAGCUCGCGACGGCGCCGUCGCUCACGGAUGCGGAGGACGAGCAGGGCAACGGCCGGAAUGGUGGGCCUAGUCCACCACCAGGCCCGAACCCCGUUCAGCGGAUCUGGAACAAGGCGCUGCGGCAGCUGGCGUCUCUUCCACUGGCAAUUGCCGAGCUCGGGGUGAUCGCCGCGCUGUCCGCCGUGGGCACCUUCAUCGAGCAGAACAAGCCCUACGACUACUACUACACGUUCUACCCCGACGGCGACCAGAAGGUCUUGGGCUUCCUGACCGGCGACCUCAUCAUCUCGCUCGGUAUCGACCACAUCUACACGUCGCCGUACUUCGUCGCGCUCCUCCUGCUCUUCGCCGGCUCCCUCUCAGCCUGCACGCUCACCAGGCAGGUCCCGGCCAUCAAGGUCGCGAAGAACUGGCGCUGGGCCGAGACGCCGAAGGCCGUCCUGAAGAACCCCUUCGCAGAGUCGCUCCCGGGCGCGCGUGUGCGCGACCUCGCCGAGCUACUGCGUGGGAAGGGCUACCAGGUCUUCACGAGCGGCGACAAGAUGUACGCGUUCACGGGCAUCGUGGGCCGCUACGCGCCUGUCGCCGUUCACGCCGCCAUGAUUCUAUGUCUCAUAGGGUUCGGCCAGGGGCUCUUCGGCGGCUGGACGGGCAACGUCAUCAUCCCCGAGGGCGGCGAGGCGCUCGUGGCGUCCGCGAUCGAGCCGGCGUCGCCGCUCGCGACCCUCCCGUCGGGCGGCGGCGCCGUGCUGCGCGUCAACGACUUCUCGAUCACGUACCGCCCGAACGGCGAGGCGCAGCAGUUCUACUCGGACGUCAGCGUCGUGUCGCCGGACACCGGUAAGGAGCUGAAGCGCAAGACGACGUACGUCAACGACCCGCUCCGCUUCGGCGGCAUCACGGCGUACCAGACCGACUGGGGCAUCUCGGCGGUGCGCCUCAAGGUCACGGGCGGCAUCUACCAGACCGACGACGGGAGCCCCGUGAUCGUCCAGCUGCCCAUGGCCUUCAUCAGCGGCGCGGAGAACAUCCAGGGCCGCGCCUGGGCGUCCUUCCUGCCCGUCGAGCGCCCCUCGGGCCCCGGCGCGCGGCCCCGCGGCAUCCCCAUCAUCGCCCGCGACCUGCAGUCCGUCAUCUUCUACACCGAGAAGGGCGACUUCGGCGGCGUGCGGCGCCCCGGCUCCGGCACCGUCCUGCACGUCGACAUCCCCGGCAGCACCGGGCUUGACAUCACCGUGGAGCAAAUGCUGGGGUCCACCGGCCUGCAGCUCAAGGCCGACCCCGGGAUCCCCGCGGUGUACGCCGGGUUCGGCCUGCUCAUCCUGACGACGUUCCUGUCGUUCCUGAGCUUCAACCAGGUCUGGGCGCUGCAGGAGGGCAGCACGGUGCACGUGGGGGGGCGCACCAACCGCGCCACGAUCGAGUUCGAGCAGGAGCUGUCGGACCUGCUCGACCAGGUGCCGGAGGUCGAGCCCGAGGUCGGCGGCGACGGUGCGGCGGGGGCGAGCGCGUGA